AUGUUAAUUACAGAAUCAUAUCAAGAUUUCCUGACCGCAGAUGGCACAAAUUUGAGAAUUUAUAUAUAUACUCCAAAGAUCCCAGGUUAUCCAAAGGCCAAGUUUCCUGGUGUUAUUAUUUACAGUGAAAUUUAUCAAGUGACUGGACCAGUUAGAAGAUUAGGAGAAAAAAUUGCUUCUGAAGGUUAUGUUGUUGUUGCUCCUGCAAUCUACCAUAAUUUUGUUGGACCAGAAGCAUUGAAUUAUGAUGUCGAAGGAACUGACAUGGGUAAUGAAUUUAAAAUCAAAAAAACUGUUGAAUCUUAUGAUGAAGAUAACAGAUUGUGUUGUGAUUUAUUGUAUUCAUUACCGCAGUUUGAUGGUAAAAAAAUUGGUGCCACCGGUAUGUGUUUAGGUGGUCAUUUAGCCUUCAGAGCUCUAUUAGAUAAAAGAAUUACAUGUGCUACCUGUUUCUUCCCAACUGAUGUUCAUUCCAGAACUUUAGGUUUAGGAAUGAAUGAUGACACGUUAUCACGUGUUUCUAACGAAGCCUCCAAGGACCAAGAACUUGUCUUAAUCUUCGGUACUUUAGAUACUCACGUCCCACCAGAAGGUAGAGACUUGAUUAGAAAAACUUUAAGAGAUAAGGGCGUUCAUUUCACAUUUUUGGAAAUCCAUGGUGCUCAACAUGCUUUCAUCCGUGAUACAUCCAGCAAAGGCAGAUACGAUGCAGCAAUCACUCAAGGUUGUUUAGGCUUCUUAUUUGAACAAUUCAAUAGAAAAUUAAAGGUUGAUUUGGGAGAAUAUGUCGACGACAUCAAACCGCUAGAACACGUAUGUUAA